UCGCCGAACACAUGAUGUAUUCCUGUUCUCUAAUCUGCAUUGACCUUUACUUUCGCUUACGUAGUUCCCCAUUUGCGUCCUAUAAAAUGAGCGAGAUCACACAGUCAAACCCUCUUUGACUGAAGUGAGGACACCAUGACUGUGUUUUACCUGACAGUUCUGCUCCUGCUGCCUGCGCUCCUCUGUGAGGCUAUCUCUGUGCACACCUACAAGCACCGCAAUCCGUCCACCGGUGAAACCCUCACAUGCAAAAAGUGUGAACCAGGAACAUACAUGGCAGCUCACUGCACAGCCACCACAGACACCAAGUGUUUGCCGUGUAGGGCAAACCACUACACCGCGCUGUGGAACUACCUGCCCAGAUGUUUGUACUGCAACAACAUCUGCACGCGGAACCAAGAGGUGGAGAUACAGUGUUCUGCCACCAACAACAGGGUCUGCCGGUGCAAACAAGGUUACUACAUGAAGGAUGACUUCUGUAUCAGCCAUUCACAAUGUGGCCCUGGACAUGGAGUUCAGACCAAAGGUACCUCCAAACAGGAUACUGUGUGUGAAAAAUGCGCACAUGGCUUCUUCUCCAGGUCCACAUCCGCGCUGGAUGUGUGCGUAAAGCAUCAGGAGUGUGCAGAUGGGCAGCUCCCGCUCUUCACUGGUUCUGUGUACCACGACGCACUGUGUGGCUCCUGCGAGGAUCUUGCAAGUGAUAGUGAGACGCUGCGUAAAUUCCUCUCAGCAUACUUUGAAGAGCCCAGGCGCCAUAAUGGAAAAAUGAAGAGAUUUGUGGCAACGUUUGUUCGUGAGUCUAGGAGAAAAAGUGGGUUGACUUUUUUCCAAAAGAAAGUGGGUCCUCUGGAGCGAAUCAAAGCCUGGUUAGCCAACGCUCCAGCGGAGCAGCUCAGACUGGUCCCACAGAUGCUAAGGAACUCCACGCUGACCUCCCUGGCCGACAAGAUUGAUAGAAGACUUCAUGACAUAAUGAACCAAAGCCCCAACUGUAGCUUAAUUUCUCCAUAAAAAGUCCAGUUGUGUGAUUUUUGGUCUACCUCUUUUUUGAGUGUGAUACCUGAGCAGCUUAUGAAAUAUUUGCUUUGAAUGUUUUUAGUAUCAGAAAUAAAGGCAUCGAUGCAGUUGUUGAGUGUCAUAUUGGUAAUUUAAGCCACCAUGGAGGAUGUUGUAUCUUGACGUAAAUAUCCAACAUUUGAUCAAACUUCCCCCUCAUUUUGUAAUAAAAACUGUUUGUUCUACAGGCAA